AUGAAUGUCAACGAAGUCCAGGAAAAAGUGAAAGAGUAUGAAAAUUUUAUUGAAGAUAAACUGAAACGGGAUCUAGAGGAUAUAGUAGUUAUUCUUAAAGACAAAAGUACCAAGUUGAAAGACUGGGAAGAAGUAAAAACAACUGUGAAAACGAUUCGUAGGUCUAAAGAAAAAAAUCGAGACAUGGUAGUGAAAGUGAACAUUGGGGGAGGUAUUUUAGCGCAAGGAGAAAUUAGUGACCUAGAACAAAUAUACAUAGAUGUGGGUUUAGGUUAUAUGCUCGAAAUGAACCACGAAGAAGCCGAUAGAUACGCAGAUAUCAGAAUGAAUUUGUUGAAGAAAGAAAUAGCUCACUUUAGAAAAAUGGCUGUAGAUGUAAAAGUUAAUAUUAAAUUAAUAUUGCUGGCUCUCAGCGAAUUACAAGCUACUCUUACACCAACAAAUUUGUCUACAAGUAACAAAUAA